AUGGUUCCAGCCAAGCAGAGGGAUGUGGUUCGAUGCUGGAUUUGGUUUUUGGAAGACUUCUUGUUGUCAAAGCUUAAGUUUUUUUCAGCAUUAGAAACUUGUGAAUUGAGAGCACUCUAUGAGUGGAAUGAUCUUCAUGUGGACAAGAAGACCCAUGAGAGUAUCAACAACAGAUUGGCUUUGGUGAUGAAGAGUGGAAAGUACACUCUUGGUUACAAAACUGUGCUUAAAACUCUAAGGAGCUCCAAAGGAAAAUUGAUUUUAUUAUCAAACAAUUGCCCUCCUUUGAGGAAAUCUGAGAUUGAGUAUUAUGCUAUGCUUGCGAAGGUUGGGGUUCAUCAUUAUAAUGGAAACAAUGUCGACUUGGGAACUGCUUGUGGCAAGUAUUUCCGUGUAUCUUGCCUGAGCAUUAUUGAUGCAGGUGAUUCUGAUAUCAUCAAGACUGUCCCUGUUAUAUGGUCAUAUGAGUAUUAUUUACCUUCGGUAGCUUUUGGUUUUGGACAUGUGAGUGGUGAGUUGUCACAUGAGAUUGGCAGGCAGGUUUGGUGGUGGGGUUUAGUGAAAGGUAUUGUUCAAGGUGAUAUGGAUAGUGUGUUUAGUGAAGAGAUAGGUGCAGAUAAGCUUUCUAAGCUCAAAGGCACUAGCAGCGUAUUGAAUGUAAAUAGAUGGGGAGAAAGGAAAGUAUCUGGGUCAUGUGCUUCGAGCCUCAAAGAGAAAUCACCCAUCAGAGGCGCUGCUGGAAAAAUAGUGUCGGCAUUUCAUUUGGUGGUUAGUGAGAAACCCAAUGACGAAGCUGAGAAGAGUGAUUGCAAGUCUUCAGUUCGUCGUGUGAGGAAGAUGUUGAUAUUGCCUGUAGCAGUAAUGGUAAGCGAGAUGAACUUAGUUAAUAUAGCAACAGAUUAA